CAGGAGGGGCGGCCUCUUGAACACGUCGACAGCGGCGGCAUUGACCGCGCUCGUUCAAACCAAACGCUCUCGACAAUGAAAGACGACGGCGACGGCCAAAGGCGGUGCCGAAACACCCCCUGGGACGUGGCUGCGCCAAGUGCCAUAAAUAGAUAACUGCAAUGGGCGCGGCGAACGGUGUCCUGCAGGUUGAAGCCGAGCGCCCGUUGGACGCGAGCGACGUCAAUACCCCUCGUGGCGAAUCGGCCAAACAGGAAGUGAUGCGGCUCCGAGCGCUCUUGGCCGAGUCGACCAAAAGCUAUCCACCGCCUCAAGCGGCGACGGGCCUCCCCCCGCUGUUUGCGCGGUAUGCCGAGCGCAUCUUCCUCGAAGUCGACGUCGACCAGAGCGGCUACUUGAGCUACGACGAGCUGUGGAACUUGAUUCAAAACAAGAUGAGUCUCGGCCUCACGCCCGACGCGAUUGAAUCCAUCAAGGCACAGAGCGGCCUUGAAUCGGGCACCGACGUGAGCUGGCAGCAGUUUUUGACCAUGCUGCCGGAGCUGCUCAAGCUGCAACUGCGCCAGAGCGAGGCAUCUGCGGCCGACUGGUGCGAGCUGUCCACCGACGAUGGUGCGGUCUACUACUACAACAAGCGAACGCAGCUGUCGCAGUGGGAAAAGCCGACGUGGGACUUGCCCGCCGACAUGCAAGCCGACAUGGUGCAAGUAUUCCAAGCAGCGGACAAAGACGGCAGCGGUUGCCCUUGACGCCGCAUGCGCACACGCUGACAUGACCUGCGUAGGCUUUUUGAGCUGGGACGAGUUUGGCAGCUGCCUGCGCCACCAACUCCACCUCGAGCUCUCGGACACCCAACUCAACGCGCUUCAGACCCAGGUCGUGGUCCAGCCGAAUUGCGGCGUGUCCUGGAAUGACUUUGUCCGCGCCGCGCCAGAUCUACUCAGCAACUGGCUCUGGCAGGCCAGUGCCACUGCAAGUGUCUCGCCUGCCGCCGACGCUUGAGCAUUGUCGAGAGGAAGAGGCUGGUAGCAUGUUGUUCAAUACUUGAUCGACACUACACACGACUGGUCGAUCGCGUUGUCAUGCAAGGCGUCGACGACGGCCGACUCGAG